UCAAGGGAAGGCAGCACCUUUCUUCCAGCAACUUGCCCUGCCAGAACAGCCAGAGGCCUGAGGGCUCCCAGGAGCAAUGGAUCUGAAAGGGAUCUGCGUGCUCUCUGUCAUCCUUGUUGUAGCCCUCAUCGCCACGACAGAAGGGAAGACACCACCAACAAAAUGCCAGUGUAAAAUAGCCCCCAAGGAGCGGAAGAACUGUGGUCACCCAGGAAUCUCAGCAGCGGACUGCAGGAAAGCUGGGUGCUGCUUCAACGCCUCAGUCCCUGGCGUCCCCUGGUGCUUCACCGCUAAACCAAAGAAAGUUAAGAAAGUCUGUCCUGCCGACCCUCGGAUCCGAGUGAACUGCGGCUACCCUGGCAUCACAGCCAAGGAGUGCACAAGUAGGAAGUGCUGCUUCCGCGCACACCCCGCUGGUGUCCCCUGGUGCUUCUACCACCGCACGGUCGAGGAAGCUUGUUAAAGCAGAAACUUCCAUCAAGAGCCUACUCAGCUGGGAAAUUACAGCCAGACGUCCCAGACCAAACUUCAUCAUCUGUAACAACAACGGUUUUUAUGUCACUUUUUUCUCCUUUCUGAAGAAAAGUUUUCCACGGCUUUUAUUCUAUCAGUAGGGUAGUACCACACAGUUUUUCAAUGUAAUAAAGGAACCAAGACACAA